AUGGCUGAAGUUCCCACCUUCAAGCUUGUCCUCACCACUUUCGUCAAACGCCACUUGACUGGAGAGUUUGAGAAGAAAUACAUUGCCACUCUGGGUGUGGAAGUUCACCCUCUUGGCUUCACCACCAACUUGGGACCUAUCCAGUUCGAUGUUUGGGACACUGCUGGCCAGGAGAAGUUCGGUGGUCUCCGUGAUGGAUACUACAUCAACGGCCAGUGCGGUAUCAUCAUGUUCGACGUUACAUCACGUAUCACCUACAAGAAUGUCCCCAACUGGCACCGUGACUUGGUCCGAGUCUGCGAGAAUAUCCCCAUUGUUCUUUGCGGUAACAAGGUCGAUGUGAAGGAGCGCAAGGUCAAGGCUAAGACCAUCACAUUCCACCGCAAGAAGAACCUUCAAUACUACGACAUCUCUGCCAAAUCCAACUACAACUUUGAGAAGCCAUUCUUGUGGCUUGCUCGCAAACUUGUUGGCAACCAAACUUUGGAAUUCGUUGCCGCCCCUGCUCUGGCUCCGCCAGAGGUCCAGGUCGACCCCGAAGUCAUGGCCAAGUACCAGCAAGAGCUGACAGAUGCUGCUGCCCAGCCUCUCCCCGAUGAAGAGGAUGCCGAUUUGUAA